ACACCAUGGUGUUCUGUGUUUCUCGCCAGUCGCGUAUGUGUGUCGUCCCCAGCCAAUCACGACACAGCCUCUUCGUGAGAAACCUACUGUGCACUGUCUGAAUAUCAGUCCACCCCCGACUCUAAUGCAGCGGCAAGUGUUGACCGAUCCCGUAUGAAAGAGGCAUUAAGCUACUUAAAAGGCUUGCUGUGGUUUACCUUUAGCGGAAUCCCGGGGAGAUUUUCCAAGGUGUUGCGUGCUCGCCCUGCGGGGAGAGAAAAAAACUUUGGGUGGAUAACCUUGCUCGUGAUUUGUUUAUUUUCUGCAAAGGGCAAAAUGUGAUGCGUCUGGAGUAAUUUUCGAGUUCUUUAUUUUUUAAUUAUUAUUUUACGGUCUAUUUUUAUUGGUUAUAACUGGUUACAAAUCGUUACAGUGGCUUUGGCUGUUUCUCGAUUCUGUUCUGGGAUUCAACUCAACUGUUUCACUCACCUGUCUAGCCACUCCCAGUCGCUGUACGGGACGAGCACGGCGUUUAGUGGAUGCACCGAGGUGUCAGGUGUGUGAGGGUCAGUACCGUAUAGCGGGGCACCAGCGACCCUCCGAAUCGCAAGCUGCCCGCUUCCCCCGAUGUCCCGUUCGGCGGACAACAUGAUUUUCCUGGGAGUACUUCUGAAUGUCUUCAUUCGAGGAAGCGUACAGGCCUCCACCUCGCUGGCGGUGGCAGACUGCCUGGAGGCGGAGCGGAGCUGCGCAGCGAAGCCCGGCUGCGGUGUGCUGUACCAGGAGCUGGACCACUGCGCGUCCGCGGAGGCGCUCUCCCCGCUGGGGCCCGAGGCCCGCCACCGCUGCCUGAAGGCCCAGAGCGCGCUGGAGGACUACCGCCCCCUGCUGGACUGCAAGUGCCAGCGCGGGGUGAGGCACGAGGCCGCCUGUCUGAAGGUCUACUGGACCGUCAGGUUCUCGCAGGGACGUGAGGAGUAUGAUGUUUCUCCGUAUGAAGAUGUGGAGCAGGACCUGGUGAGGAACAUUGGGACUUCCCGAAUGGCCUCUAUAGUGUCAGCCUCCUCCCUCUCUCUGGACGGUCAGAACCAGUGCCUGAAGGCGGCGCAGGACUGCGGGCUGUUCGAGAAGUGCGGGUCGCUCCGGUCCGAGUACGUGGUGGCGUGCACCAAGCGUGCGCCGGGCUCCGCCCACUGCAACCGGCAGAAGUGCCACCGCGCGCUGCGGCGCUUCCUGGAGCGCGUGCCGGCCGAGUACAGCCUGGGCGUGCUCUUCUGCCCCUGCACCGACGCGCUGUGCGGCGAGCGCCGGCGCAAGACCAUCGUGCCGUCCUGCUCCUACCAGGAGAGGGAGGGCAAGCCCAACUGCCUGAGCCUGGAGGCCUACUGCAUGAAGGACGAGCUCUGCAGAUCCAGACUGGCUGAUUUCCAGUAUAACUGCCACCCGUCCCCCCUGUCUGCGUCUGGCUGCCUGAGGGAGAAUGGAGCUGCCUGUCUGAAGGCCUACGCUGGCCUCAUUGGCACCAUCAUGACUCCGAACUAUGUGAGCAACAGCAGUGUGGAGGUGUCUCAGUGGUGCAGCUGCGAGGGCAGUGGGAACCAGUGGAGGGACUGUCUGCGCAUCCUGGAGGCCUUCAGCAGCAACGGCUGCCUGCGGAACGCCAUCAGCGCAUUUGGGAGCUUGUCCCUUCGCCCCGAGGAGAACACCCCACCCGCAUCGCCGCGCCCCUCCCCCAAAAUCCAGCAGGGCGACCCGGACGACAACGUUCUGCCUGACCUGAGCACUGUGGAAGACCCUGAGGAGGAAGAAGACGGAAGGGAGUUCAACGUCAUCCCGAACUACUCCGAGAAAGAGUCCAACCUGCGGUCUGGAGUCCGGGCGGGCUGUGAGGGGAUGCCAGCCCCCCCCAGAUCUCUGCUCGUCCCGCUACUGCUCACCGUCCCACUGAGCUGGGGGUGAGGGGGGAGGAGAGGUCCCUGCACAACCCAACACCCCCCCCCCCCCAAAAUAUAAACCUACUCAC